CUACCAAAGGAAUGCUUGUGUCACUUGAUCUCCUCCACAUCACCUCAUGAUGUGUGCCGGUUGUUGGCGGUGUCCACCACCUUGUCGGCAGCAAUGUCUGAUGACGUCUGGAAGCGGUUCUUUUCGGUCGAUUACCAGUCGAUUCUAUCACGAGCCAUCAAUCUGGUGGAGUACGUGCCAAGGGGGAGCUCUACUUCCGCUUCUGCAACCCCAUCCUCAUCGAGAACGGCUCUGACUUUUUGUGUGCGGAGCUUUGCACUGGAGAAAUCAAGUGGUGCAAAAUGCUACAUGCUGUCUGCAAGGAAGCUGUCAUUUGCAGUGUAUGGUUUGACAAUGAAUUCUAUUUCUCUACCCAAUUCCAGGUCUGUGCCUCCUUUCCUGGAACUAUUUGAUUUGAUGGUUGGUUGGUUGAUUAAAUUUUCCUUCCAUAGGAGAAUGGACUGUGAUUAUACAUUGUCUCUUGGCUUUCCCUAUCAGGAGACAACUGUGACACUGGGAGCCCAUGUCUCCAAGCAAACCAUUUGUCUACGACCUGAUGAGCUUGAUACACAGGGGAGCAAACGAUUUUAUCGAUGUUUCAUGAGCCGUCUUGGCAUCGUGAUCGAUGGUGUUAGAGCACCUUGUGAAAGGGAAGAUGCUUGGAAGGAGAUAGAGAUGGGAGAGUUCUACAGUAAUGAGGGUGAAGAUGCCGAAUUGGAGAUGAGUCUCACACAAAUGGAUAAUGAAGCUACGAAGAGGGGAAUCAUCAUCCAAGGCAUCCAGAUAAGGCCGAAAAAGUAGGAAGAGGAGGAGCUUUCCUACGAGAGCGUGUGAAUUGUCUUGAUUAUUUUCUAUUCUACAAACAUUUGAGUUUUAUCGCAAUACUGGUUGCUACUGGAAAUCUGGUUGUGUUUAGCCUCGCUUUUGUUUGCAAUCAGAUGAGUAGUCAAAAUUUUUCAAUUUCAUGUCUCUUAAAAUCAGUUCUAUCAUUUUUUUUCCAUUUGGACAUCGCACUAGAGAAGAAAUAGUUGCUCUUUCUUGAAUUAAAUUGCUUAAUGUGUUUAACAAGGUCAUGUAUAUUUAUUCUUUUUAGCGAGGCCAAAUUAUAAUUGGGCGUCAUGAGAUUGCAGUGGGCUCUGGAGCUGAGAAGAUUCUCUUAUUGUGAUUUGUUGAAGGUCAUGUGGUAAGUGUGAAGACCCACUUAGGAUUGGGCCGGCCCCUGAAUAAGGCGGCCCAAUACAAAAAAAGAGGGGAGGGAGUCUCCCGAUCGGAGUAUCCUCCCUCCCCUGUUUUCAAAUUUCCUCCCCCUCCCGAAUCCACCGGAAGAGAGAUUUUAGGGUGAUAAAAAUCCUACCAAAUCAGGAAGAUCUCCCAUCUCUCUUCCCCUAGGGCAUCAACCGAGGGCUUCCACACACACA